GUGCUAUUUCAUCGUAACAUUAGGAAUUUCAUGGUACGAUUCAAAAGACCUCACACUAAGCCAUUCAACUAACAAGGAUGCAGAUCCAAGGCGGUGAUCCCACAGGUACUGGACGAGGCGGAUCAAGCAUUUGGGGAAAGAACUUUGCAGAUGAGUUUGAUGGGCCUAUGACCCAUGAUUCGCGAGGAAUCUUGUCAAUGGCAAAUAAGGGAAAGAAUACUAAUUCUAGUCAAUUCUUCAUUACCUAUCGUCCUGCGAAACACCUUGAUCGAAAACAUACCAUCUUUGGCCGCGUGGUCGGCGGUACAGAUACGCUUGGGCGGCUGGAAAAUGCGCCAGUUGACAGUACUGAUCGGCCCAUUGAUGAGGUUAUCAUGCGAGAUGUUGUGGUCUUUGUUGAUCCGUUUGAAGAGUAUCAAAAGGAGCGUCGCGAAAAGGACGAAGCAGAGAAGCACAAAGAACAGAUCCAAUUGCAAGGCGGCACUGAAGAUGACAAGACUACAUGGACUGGCAAGCGUAUCCGUGGGGACGGCAAAGUGGAGGAUUCUGGCGGCUCGGGAGGCGUAGGAAAGUACUUGAAGGUCGCUGCCGCAAGCACACCGGCCGACAGCAGCGCGGAUGAGAUUGUUGGUGAGUGGGAGGAAGAAAUUAGCCAAGAACCCGCCAAGAAGAAGAUCAAAUCUGGAGGAUUUGGCAAUUUUGAUGGUUGGUAAACAAAAAAGCUGGAAGAACCAUAUCGGCGUCCGGAUGGUGUUGUUUCGCAAUUAGGAUAUCCUCCAAUUUGCUCAUUGCUGGGGCUUUAUAUGUUUUGUAAAUAUCUACUGAUGAAGAAGAGUCUUCGACUGAUCGCUAUCGACUAUGAUGUACGAAUAACAAAUCCUCAAUAUAUAUUUUACUAUGGAGAAAAAACUGAGAG